GCAUCGAAGGUUAGAAAAAAAAAAAAAGAAAAAAAGCAGCAGCAGCGAAUGUAGCGAAAUACAGAGAAAGAGAGGAGGGAGAGGGGGAAAAAACAAAGCGCAAAAUUUGCUAACAAUGGAAGGGGGGGUUGUGUUGUUGCUGCGGAGCGCGCAAAGCGGAGCCCUCGUCUCUGCCGCUCUCGGCGCAGCCCUCGUCGCAGCCGCUUUCGUACUCGGGACGCUCCUCGCGGGGCGGAGUCGGCGCCGAUUCAACCUCCCACCCGCUGUUCCUGGGCUUCCUUUUAUUGGAAACUUGCUCCAAUUGAAGGAAAAGAAGCCCCAUCAGACAUUUGCUAAAUGGGCCGAUGCUUACGGGGCCAUAUACUCCAUUAGAACUGGAGCAUCCACUUUGGUGGUGCUUAAUUCGGCCGAAGUCGCGAAAGAGGCAAUGGUCGCAAAAUACUCGUCCAUAUCCACUCGAAAGCUUUCAAAUGCAUUGACUCUGCUCACUUCCGACAAAAGUAUGGUCGCCAUGAGCGACUAUGGUGAGUUCCAUAAAAUGGUGAAGCGAUACAUAAUGACAAGUGUUCUGGGAACUAAUGCUCAGAAGCAAUAUCGUGGUCACAGGGAUGCGAUGAUCAAAAAUAUAGUUGAAAAUUUUCAUUCAAUCAUAAAGGAUGAUCCUCAUGCAGCUGUGAACUUCAGAGAGGUGUUCAAAAAUGGACUUUUUGGACUGGCCUUGAAAGAAGCUCUUGGCAAGGAUGUAGAGACUGUUUACGUGGAGGAGCUUGGGAAGGAGAUUUCCAAGAAGGAAAUAUUUGAUGUGCUAAUAGUUGAUCCAUUGAUGGGUGCGAUUGAGGUUGAUUGGAGGGACUUCUUCCCCUAUUUGAGAUGGGUUCCUAAUAGAAGCAUGGAAAUGAAAAUCCAGAGAAUGGUUACUCGCAGGAGAGCGGUGAUGAGAGCCUUGAUCAUGGAGCAGAAGAAACGUAUCGCACGUGGAGAGGAUAGAAGCUGUUAUCUGGAUUUUCUGCUCUCUGAGAACACACUGACGGAGGAGCAACUGAUGAUGCUGAUGUGGGAAGUGAUAAUUGAAAGCGCAGACACAACUUUAAUCACAACUGAAUGGGCUAUGUUUGAACUUGCUAAGAAUCCAAGGUGUCAGGAUCAACUUUAUCGUGAAAUUCAAGGAGCAUGCGGGUUGGAAAAGGUUGAGGAGGAGCAUUUGCCACAACUACCAUACUUAAAUGCUGUUUUCCAUGAGACCUUGCGGCGGCACUCUCCUGCUCCCGUUGUUCCUUUGCGAUAUGCCCAUGAAGAUACUCAACUAGGAGGCUAUGAUAUUCCAGCCGGGACACAGAUUGCGAUCAACCUCUACGCGUGCAACAUGAACGUAAAGGACUGGGAGAGACCCGACGAGUGGAUGCCUGAGAGAUUCCUCACUAGCAAGUUUGAGAUCUCCGACUCGCACAAGACGAUGGCUUUCGGAGCGGGAAAGAGGGCUUGUGCCGGAUCUCUUCAGGCGAUGCUGAUAUCCUGUGUAGCUAUCGGCCGACUCGUGCAGGAAUUCGAGUGGAGGGUGAGAGAAGGAGAUGAAGAUGAUGUAGAUACUGUCCAUCUCACCACCCACAAGCUCCACCCCUUGCAUGCGUACAUUACACCAAGACAGAAAACAAUGCACUGAGACCUUAUUCUUCAUGUUGAUCUCUUUUUAUCUUUGGAUUCAUUAUAUAUACAUAUAUUCCUAUUAAAGUGAAUUGUUUGUAGUUGUGCC